AUGCUGGAAGAAAUUUUGGAGAAUCUUGUUUCCACGUAUGUACAUAGUCAAUUCACAUGUCGAGUGCAGUGGUUUUCUAUCCUCUGCUUAUGGAAUGGUGGCAUAUUAAUUAUGACUGCAAUAUCUAUUGAGAGGUAUAUUGCAAUUUGCCAUCCGUUGAAGGUAAAAACUAAUCCCGACUGUCGCAGAGUGGUGAAGAUAAUUGUGAUUCUAUGGUUGGUUUCGAUCGCCGAGGCGGUCUUUGACACUCUCGACGUCGAUGCUUGGAAGGUCCGAGAGACCUGGGUGUGUCAUGCGAUCCCAACUCUGCGGGUUCGUGUUGUAAACGGCGCACAAGCGAUUGUUUCAUUUGUUAUACCGCUUAUAAUAAUGACUUUCGUCUAUAUGUCUAUUAUGCUAAAAGUCAACUGUAAACGGAGAAAAAGUUCAAGAGAUAAGUGGUGGAGUGUAGCAUGGCGUGUGAGCAACUUCAAUUGUUGGCUAAGCGUCGUCUUAAACCCCAUUAUGUUUAGUCUCGUGUCGUCAAAGUUUAGAAAAUCCUUUAAGUCAAAGCUUCCUAUGACAGGCAAAGUUAUUAUAGUGACAGGAGCUAAUAGCGGGUUAGGGUUUGAAACGGCCAAAGAUCUGGCGAAACGUGGAGGUCGAGUCAUCAUGGCCUGUCGGAACGAGCACCGCGCGCUCGCUGCCCGCGAUUCAAUCAUCAAAGAGACAGGUAACCCAGAAGUCGUCUACAAGCAUCUCGACAUGUCGUCCCUUGCGUCGGUGCGACGAUUCGUUGAGGACAUCGACAACACGGAGAAGCGACUGGAUGUCCUCGUCAACAACGCAGGAGUCAACGGCUGCGGGGAUCGUUUCACCGAGGACGGCAUUGUCGAAGAGAUGCAGAUGGUCAACAAAAGUGAGUGA